AUGGGGAGACCAUGGGAUCUGUCCGUGGUACAUAGCCUAGUGGUAGUUACUGUAUUGGCAUGUGUCUUGUGUGAUCCGUCAUCGUUACUGUCUGAUAUUCCUGUAUCAAAACCUAAUGAGGGACUUUCAACAGCCUCAGACACUUUAGCUAAAGAAGAGGGGGCAAUCAGCUUGGAUGGUCUAAGCGUUGAACAGUUGAGGCAAGCACGGGAACAUGCUGAAAAACGACAGUUUGAGGCUGAGGUUGAUCGCAUGAUGAAAAUAAUAGUUAACUCUCUGUACAAAAAUAAGGAGAUCUUCCUUAGAGAAUUAAUAUCAAAUGCAUCAGACGCUCUGGAUAAGAUUCGCGUUCUUUCGCUUACUAACAAUGAAGUUCCUAACGAGUCUGACGAAAUGAAAAUCCAAAUAAAAGCCAAUAAAGAUGCACGGACACUUCAUAUAAUAGACACAGGCAUAGGCAUGACAGAAGCUGAACUUACCUCUAACUUGGGAACCAUUGCUAAGUCUGGAACAUCUGAGUUCUUGACUAAGAUCUCUCAAAGUAAUACGGCCACAGAAAAGUCUGACCUUAUUGGCCAGUUUGGUGUCGGGUUCUACUCCUCUUUCUUAGUUGCAAACAAAGUUUUGGUUGUAUCCAAGAGUGAUAAUGAUGACCAGCAUAUCUGGGAGUCCAAUUCCACUUCAUUCGUAGUUUACAAAGACCCACGUGGAAACACCCUCAAACGUGGGACUGAAAUUGUCCUAUACUUAACGGAGGAGGCAGAGGAUUAUUUACAACCCGAAACUCUUAAAGAAGUUGUGAAAAAAUACAGUCAGUUUAUCGAUUUUCCCAUUUAUGUGUGGUCGAGUCGAGUGGAAUCGCAGGCUGCUGAACCCGAAGAAAAGGAGGAGUCAAAAACAGCUGAUUCUGAAGCUAGCGUUGAAGAAGAAAGUGGAAAAAAAAGUGAAAGCAAGACCGUAGACAAAGUCGUCUGGGACUGGGUACGUGUGAAUGCAAAUAAACCUAUUUGGAAACGCAAACCGGCCGACGUUACUGAUGCGGAGUACAAUGAUUUAUUCCGUGCCUAUUCAAAUGAUAAUGACGAUCCUCUCGCCAAGAUUCAUUUCAGUGGUGAGGGAAAUGUGUUAUUCAGUUCAAUACUGUAUAUACCAAAACAUCUUCCCUCUAACAUAUUCCAGAUGCACAGUACUCAUAGUGAUAGGAUCAAGUUGUACGUUCGUCGUGUAUACAUUUCUGACGCAGCCGAUGAUCUGCUUCCUAAAUACUUGGCAUUCGUUUUUGGUAUAGUGGAUAGUGACGAACUUCCUCUAAAUGUUUCUCGUGAAAUGCUGCAGCAAAACAAACUCCUUAAAUUGAUAAAGAUAAGAUUGGUCAAGAAAGUAAUCCAGAUGAUUAGCGAACUUUCUGAAUCUCAGUUUAAAAAUUUCUGGAAGGAAUACUCUGUGAACAUAAAACUUGGUAUAAUUGACGAUCUUCCAAAUCGCACUAAGUUAUCCAAGUUCCUACGGUUUUGGACUUCAAACAGCACUGAAAACCAAUCAAGUCUUGCAGAUUAUGUUUCACGCAUGAAAAAUGGUCAGGAAGAUAUAUACUAUCUUACCGCAUCUUCAAUAACUGAGGCGAAGUCAUCUCCAUUUGUAGAAAGGCUAAUCAAGAAAGGCUAUGAAGUCAUUUAUAUGAUCGAUCCUGUUGACGAGUACAUGCUUCAGUCGCUAACUGAAUAUGAUAAGAAAAAGUUACGAAAUGUGGCAAAGGGAACGAUCGAAAUCGACAAAUCGGAAAAAGCAAAGACUCGUAAAGAAGAACUAGAAAAAGAAUUCAAACCUCUCUUAGAAUGGUUCAAGGAAAAUUUGAAAGAAUAUGUCGAUAAAACUGCCUUGUCAGAAAGAUUAUCGAAUACUCCAUGUGCUCUUGUCGCUAAUGAAUUCGGUUGGUCCGGAAAUAUGGAGCGCAUUAUGACUGCACAAGCAUAUCAAAGGGGUGGAGAUCCAUCAUCUACUUAUUACUCUACUAUGAAAAAGGUCUUUGAAAUUAACCCACGCCAUCCAGUAAUGAAAAAGUUAAACGUUCUUAUAAAGACCUAUAAAGAUGAUCCUACAAUAACUCAUACUGCGAAUUUGCUCUUCGAUGUUGCGGUCCUUCGUUCAGGUUUUUCUGUUAAGAACCCUGUUGCUUUCGCAGAACGAGUUGAAUCUGUUGUAAAGAAAAGUUUAGAUAUUGAUCAAAGCGAGUUGCUGGACGAAGAACCUGAGACUGAUGAGGAGUCUGUAACGGAUGAAGUGAAUAAAGAGUCGAUUUCAAAUGAAGAUUCAACGAACGAAAAGUCAGAAGCAUCUUCGCAAAUUGAUAUACAUAGUUUUACUGAUUUCUAUGACAAUGAAAAUAAUUGGGAAAUGAACAAAACAGAAACAAAUCAAUUUUCGGAAUUCAAUCAUAUUACUGAAUCUUUUGAAGACAGUAUUACUCCUAGUUUCGUUACAACAUCAGAUUGUCCAACAUGCCGUCGACUUUUAGGGUGUAGUUCACGAGUUCAUAGUCAUCAAACUGACGGAAAUUCUAAAGUGGAUCAAAUUGAUAACAAUGAAAAUGAUGACCAAGAUGAAGAUGAAUACAAUGAAUCUGAAACAACAGGAAUGACCAAUGAUUCUGGUAAUGAUGACGAUGAUGAUGAUGGGGAAGAUAAGGAUGACGAUUUCGGGAAUUAUCUAGGUGAGAAAAUUUCUGAGUCAAAGAUUAAAUCAACAUUUAGACAUAUGCGUAAAUUAGAAGAGUCUAAAGAUAAUGAUGAUAAUGGUGAUGUCGACAACAAUACUGAGUAUAAUGAGUGUUUGUCAAUAUGCGCUUCUAGGCAUGGGAAAAAAUUAGAUUUAAGACAUACCCUUAAUUUAGAAGAUGAUGAUAGUAGAGGAGAAGAAGAUGAAGAUCAGUUAAAGGAAUCAACGACAGAAAACAAACUUGUUCAUAAUGAAAAUAAAAAACAACUUCCUAAUCUAAAAAAUAUACCUGAAAUACAUAAAAACAAAUUAAAAGCUGAUGUUAAAGCUUUGAAUCAAAAACUGCAAAUAAGUAAAGAUCAUCUUGUAAAACAUAAUGAACCAAAAAGUGAAAAGAUUACAGAAGUACAAACUACUGAUGAACUAGACGAUAUUGAUGAAGACGAUAAUGAUGAUAGCAAUGAUGAUGAUGAUGGUGGAAAUAAAGAUUAUGAAGAUGAUAUUGAUGAUGAUCAAGAUGAUGAGGAUGAAAAGUUUGCAGAUAAUUACAGCGAUGAUAAUGACAAACAUGACACCAAUAAAGUACUAAAACCAGGCUGCAAAAAAUCUAUUCAAGAGGGUCAACCAUCAAUAAAUGAGAAUACGAAUAAGAAGCUGAGUAAUGACGAUGUUGAAGACUAUGAUUACGAUGACAGUAAUGAUGAUAAUGAUAAUGAUGAUGAUACUGAUGAAGUUGGUGACGAUAAUGAAAAUGAUAAUCAUGAUGUAAACAGUCAAUCAAAUGAUGAUACAUCUAAAGGAAAAGAUUUUAAAAUCGACCAGCAUAAAAAUAUAAAAACAACAGUUGAUCAAUUUGAAGAUGAUGAAUAUGAUGAAACUGAUGAUUUUGAUCCAGAUAAUGAGAUUGAAGAAGAAAGUGAAGAUGAUCAACCAGAAGAUUUAGAUUUGGAAAUAUCACCUGAAGAAGGUUAUGAAGAUGUUGAUGAUCCUGAUUACAGUGAUUGGAUAGAGGCUGAUGAAGAAUUAAAUCCUAAUUGGCCUGGUGUAAGGAAAUUAAUGGCAGUUAAAACAACAACUCCUACUGCUCCAUCUAAAUCGAAGUCUCACUCAGAAACGGCUACUGGACAUACAAAGAAUAAGAAAGUUCCAUCAAAAACAGCAACACAUAUAAAGACCAUUUCUAAAACACCAUCAUCCAAAUUAUCAGAAAGUUCUAGAACAAAACAACCCAAGGACAAACCUUCUUCUAGUCAUCAUCAACAAAAUCAACCAGACAAGUUAAAAUCUUCCACAUUAACAUCAUCAAAGCAUGCAGAAGAUCAUCACUCAAAGAAGGCAGUGCAUAAAACUUUUCCGUCACAAGAUAAAUUAAAAACACCAGUUCCAACAAAUAAAAACCCUAAACAAUCUACACAAAAAUCGAAACCAGUACGAAUUAUUGGAAAUAUAAACGAUCAUGACUGUGAUGGUAUACCAGAUGAUAUUGAUGAAGAUAUUGAUAAUGACGGUCUAUUGGACCGAACACAAGAUUCCGAUUGGGAUGGAUUAUUGAAUCAUGUUGAUGAAGACGAUGAUAAUGAUGGUAUCCCUGAUAUUGAAGAUGAAGAUGCUAAUGGUGAUGGAAUACCAGACUGCCGUUCUGAUGUUUCUGAUUUAAAACUAAAAGUAAGAUAUAAGAAGAAAAUGCGUAAAGUUGACAGCGAUUUUGACGGUGUUCCAGAUGAUGUUGACGGAGAUGAUGAUAACGAUGGUAUUCCAGAUAUUAUGGAAGAUGAAGACAAAGAUCAAAUUCCUGAUUUUUUAGGACUUACUCGUGCUGAUUUUUUAAAGGGUGUCAGUACUAAAGAAUUAAACAGACGAAUGAAUAAACGUGGUUGGUUUGAUCAUGACUGUGAUGGUAUUCCAGAUAAUCUCGACCCAGAUGACGAUAACGAUGGGUAUUUCGAUUCAAAACAAGAUAGUGAUCGUGAUGGUAUCCUGAAUGAAUUCGAUGAUGACGAUGAUAAUGAUGGAAUACCAGACAGUGAAGAUCCUGAUGCUAAUGGAGACGGUAUACCUGAUUGUAUUGUUAAGGAUUCAGAUGGUGAUCAUAUUCCUGACCAUAUUGACACAGAUGAUGAUAAUGAUGGUAUACCGGAUUUACAAGAUCCAGAUCAUCCCAAUUUCGAUUAUUUACGUGAUUCGGAUAAGGAUGGUAUUCCUGAUACACUAGACAUGGAUGAUGAUAAUGAUGGUAUACCAGAUAGCAUGGAUUUUGAUUCAGAUGGUGAUGGAUCGGAUGAUCUGUUUCAAGAUAUUGACAAAGAUGGGGUACCGGAUAGUGUAGAUGAUGAUAUGAAUAAUGAUGGAAUACCGGAUCAUAAACAAGAUCAUGAUUGUGAUGGAAUCCCAGACAUUGUUGACCCUGAUGAUGAUAACGAUGGUUAUUUUGACACAAAACAGGAUAGCGACAAUGAUGGUUUAUUGAAUGAAUGGGACGAUGAUGAUGAUAAUGAUGGUAUUCCAGAUGUGGAUGAUGAAGAUUCGAAUGGUGAUGGGAUCAUUGAUUGUCAACCACAUGAUAGUGAUAAUGAUGGAAUACCCGAUCAUAUCGAUGAAGAUGAUGAUAACGAUGGUAUACCAGAUCAACGAGAUCCUGAUUCAAUGUCAUUUCUGCUGUAUAAACAUAAGCGUUUUCUUGAAGCUAUCCCAGCUCAUAUUGCACGACAAGAGGCCAACUUAACACAAGAUUCAGAUAUGGAUGGAUUAUUAAACCACGUAGACGAAGAUGAUGAUAAUGAUGGUAUUCCUGAUGUAUUAGAUCCUGAUGCAAAUGGUGAUGGUAUUCCAGAUUGUCGACGUGAUGGUGGAUUACAUUAUAAACUAGUUAAAUCACCUUCUGGUUUAAUUAAAAAAGUAUUAAGAAUACGUGAACCAACACAAGAAGAACAACAUCAAGCCUAUAUGGUUAAUGAAGCUAAACGUAAAUUAAUACGUAUUCGUGCUAAACUACGUGAACCUUUACCAAAGAAUACAAUACAAGCAAUUCCAUCAUUUGAUUUCAAUGAUAACAUGAAUGAUAAUCCAGAUAAUCAACAUAAUGUUAAUGAAAUAAAAUCUAAAAUAAAAUCAUUUAAUUCAAAAUCUGUUCAAUCUAAUAUCAAUUCAAAAAAUGAACAUACAAUUAAACAUCAUCCAAAUAAUAAACAAGAAAAUGGCGGUAAUAUAAAUUCAAAGAAAACAUCAAUACAGGGAAUCAAAUCUACUGGUUCACCUUCUUUAAAACAAUCAAAUCAACAACAAAUACCAAUAAAACAAGUCAAAGAACAAAAUACUGUUAAAUUAAAUAAUAAACAACAAAAUCGUAAAUUAGCAGAAAGUUUAAUACCAAAUGAAAAUACUGAUUCAUUUUAUUCUUUAGAUAAAGACAUUUCACUGAAUAUUCAUGAUAUGAAUGAUUACCCUGAUCAUGUUUCUACUCACUUUGAUAAUGCUAACAUGAUGAUGAUGAUGAUGACAAUGAAAUAG